UCCGCAGACAAGUAGGCUAAAUUAUCGGCAGACAAGUGCAGUUACAGUUGACAGAGUGGAGAGACGCGUUCCCUUUAAGACCGGUGUACAGCGCUCUCUCCUCGCUCGACCAAGGAGAACCUCUCCUUGUUCCAAAUAAGGAUAUGCUAGCCCAGCCUUAAAGGGGCGGGGGGCGCCAGCGAUACAAACUUGAGGAGGCAGUUUUCUAUUUGGAAGGCAGCGCACCGUCCGGAGGUAACCAGAAUCCAACGGCACCGAGGCGCGAUCAACCCGAGCUUGGAUGAAACGUUAAGGGGAAGGACGCAAACCGGCAGUGGCAGCUAAAGAGAAGCACGGACACUAUUUGGACUCGGGAGAGAGCGAGGUAGCGAGAUCGCAGUCAACGGGGUCGCGUUGGAUAAGCUUAUUCUGUCAGUUGAACAGAUGUUGGGUUAUUUGAGUAGCACGCAGACUGGCCAUGUGAAUAGUAGCCUAUUGCAAAAUUAACCUGGACAGACAACAGAAAGAAGGCGUUGCAGUGGCGUUCGUGUGUUUUAUACACACCGAUAAUAGAGAAGUUCUCAACAUCCGAACAUCUGGAUUUAUGAAGCGAAUACACCUGUCCUGUGUAGGAGCGUGAACGCCGUUUACAUGAAAACCGUUCAGGUGAAAUGGUGAAGGAUCUCAGGAUACAUUUGGAAUCAUUUUUGGACACCCUUGAAAAGGAAACAUAUGCUUUUACUCAUUUAUAUAUGCCAUUGAUUUAUAUCCAGAAUUCUGAUUCAAUUGUCUAAAACAGGACUACAUUUAACAAAUAGAAUAGGCUAUAAAUGGUAUCAUUAUUAUUAGUAGGACUGGACUUUGCAAGACAAGGAAUUUACUCAAUCGACUGUCUCGCUCGGUGACUCACUGUGAGAAAUAGACUCGGCAGCUGGAACCAAUACCCAACUCUACAAAGUGACACAUUUGGAUACCUGCCGUGCAUGUGUGUGUCUUUACCGAGUGGGGAUACACCGACCGGACUACGGUAACGCGAGCUGUCCAAGAGCGGGCGGCCGUCCCCGCGCGCGCGCCUUCAUAAUAAAUGCCCAUCAGCCGGUCGUGCGAGGCUCUCAAGGCUGGGAGGCAAGAUGAAUUCGUGGGUCCUGCUGCUGGCGGCGCUCGCCGCGGGGUGUCUGCGGUUUGGAAGCGCUGAGGGAGAUCCUCUUCCACUAUCGUUAGUAGAGCUGGUGAGAACCAGUCCCAUCUCUUCUAUAGAGGACCUGCAACAGCUGCUGGAGCAAGAGACUGACUCCCAGGAGGUGGAGCCAGAUGAACCAUCGGCCAACGAGAUUCAUUCGAAUGAUACGCGUGGAAGAUACAGGAGAAACCUAGUAGAUGCCCAGCCAGCCCAACAGGCGGUGUGUAAGGUCAGGACAGAGGUCAUGGAGGUCACCAGAGCCAUGCUUGAUCGACGCAACGCCAACUUCCUGUUGUGGCCGCCGUGUGUGGAGGUGCAGCGCUGCUCUGGCUGCUGUAACACCAGAAUGCUACAGUGCGUCCCCACGGUUACUCAGACACGAUAUCUACAGGUAACAAGGAUCCAGUACAUUGAUAAGAGACCCCACUACGACAAGGCGGUGAUCUCAGUGGAAGACCACGCCUCCUGCCGCUGCCAGACACACCCCUCGGCCACAGCUGCAGCCAGGUCCACCUCCCUCCCCCCUCCUCUCCCCCGACUCACCCCCAAACCCCCCUCCCUCUCCAAGGAAGACCUCCAUCGCCAUGACAAUAUGAAAGCCAAUCAGAGGUUCCAUGUGGAUGACAGGGGGCAGCUAGAGAGACAGUGGCAGGACAAGUACACCCUGUCACACACACAGCCACGGACACACACACAGACACACCCAAUGGCAGGGGCAGGGACGCAGGUAGGGACACACACACAGACACACCCAAUGGCAGGGGCAGGGACGCAGGUAGGGACACACACACAGACACACCCAAUGGCAGGGGCAGGGACGCAGGUAGGGACACACACACAGACACACCCAAUGGCAGGGGCAGGGAUGCAGGUAGGGACACACACAGACACACACACACAGAUGGGUCCCUCUCAUGAGCUCCCUCUAGGGCAUGGCAGUGGGUAUGAGGGGGGGAGAGGGGAGGAGAGAGGGUCACAAACACCCCACCGCACACACACUGACACACAGCCCAACACAGGAGAGAGGCAACACAUUGACAACACAGAGAGGACACAGGAGAUAGGAAGACAGCAACAACUACAACAGUACUACCAACAACAGUAUCUACAACAACAGCGACAAUAUCAACAACAGCAACAUCAACAACAACAGUACCAACCAUACAGCCAAGAGCCAGAGCUCAGGACUCAAUACAAACACAACGCUCCCCAAUCCGACAGCAGCGGACCACCUGACACAAAACAACCGGCCAAUCACAAACCAGAACUGGUCCACAGCAACACAGAACCUACCGAUGAUAAUGACUCAAGCACAGAGGUGGCCAAUAGAGACUCUCUAAAGGAUACAGAGGUCACCAGUCAGGGACAGGCAGUGACAGAAGUGACCAAUCACGGAAAGGAGGACGAUAAAGAGCGACACGGCCAGACAGAGCUGUCCAAUCAGGAACAAAAACACUCAGAGUCGACCAAUCAGGGUGACUCUGCCACAGAGGAGGAGAGCAGGAAGAAACUUCUAGAACUCUUACAGAGAGAACUGGGCCAGAAACAACAGCAUCAUCCUCCUCAUCCUCAUCUUCCUCAUCAAGACCAUCAUCAUCCUCACCAUCGUCAGUCUCGAACACAAACCACCACCACACAAAGACCAGUGCCCCCCACGUUGUCCUCCAGCAGGGCCCCAGGGUUGUCCCCCAGCACCCCGUCCACUCCCCCCAAGCCCCCGCAGGGCCCAUUCAGACCGGCCCUUCCCCGCGGACGCAGGAGGAGGAAACACCGGAGCCGCAUCAGCAAGGCUGCCCUCCGAACCAUGAUCAUGUAGAGAGAGAUGGCAACUGGGUCGACUGUGUUUGCUGGGCCCACCCAGGGUCGUGUUCAUUAGGCACUAAACGGAAGAAAACUGACUGAAACAGGGACAACAUGGAAUAAACCCUAAUUUCUUGUUUUAUAAAACGUUGUGUGCCCUAAUGAAUACUGAGGGAUACUGCUGGUUAUGGAACCUCAAGAUGGACACUGGAGACUGGCCAGCACUUCUGGACUCUACUGCUGGUUAUGGAACCUCAAGAUGGACACUGGAGACUGGCCAGCACUUCUGGACUCUACUGCUGGUUAUGGAACCUCAAGAUGGACACUGGAGACUGGCCAGCACUUCUGGACUCAACUGCUGGUUAUGGAACCUCAAGAUGGACACUGGAGACUGGCCAGCACUUCUGGACUCUACUGCUGGUUAUGGAACCUCAAGAUGGACACUGGAGACUGGGCAGCACUUCUGGACUCUACUGCUGGCUAUGCUAACAGACAUUACUGCAGGUUGUGUCAAUCUUUGCACCCCAGAAUGUAGCAUCUUUCUAUAAAAAAUCUGCUAGCUUUAUUUAAACCGCGAUAUCAAGACAAUGGACAAUCUCAGACAGAGACUCCUUAGAAAGGAGGUAGUUCUGUAUGUUUAACACUGGAAGGAGAGUGAUGUAACCUUUGAAAAAGGAGCCAAGCAAACUACAUCUCCCACUGCCUACUGAUUGGACAGUUAAGGAGGGUGUUCGGCGGAUAUUAUUAGAUUGCUUGCUGCAACAGCCAUUGAUUGGUUGUUUUAGAUGCCAUGGAACACGCCCCUCUCUACAGCUUGACUAUGAUUGGUUGCUGAGAAUAGAACUGAAAUCUUAUUGCCCAAAAUGGUGCUUGAGGCCAUCUAUUUCUAAGAGACAAUGCAAAGCUUGGAUGUGGAUAUUUUCACUGGAAUGUACUGGGUUGACAAUGGAAGCUGUUCUCAGAUAAACAAUGUUAUCCUACUGGUGUAACUGGGAUAACUGUCCUGGGAAUAUGACUGGUGUAACUGGGGAUAACUGUCCUGGGAAUAUGACUGGUGUAUCUGGGGAUAACUGUCCUGGGAAUAUGACUGGUGUAACUGGGGAUAACUGUCCUGGAAAUAUGACUGGUGUAACUGGGAUAACUGUCCUGGGAAUAUGACUGGUGUAACUGGGGAUAACUGUCCUGGGAAUAUGACUGGUGUAACUGGGAUAACUGUCCUGGGAAUAUGACUGGUGUAACUGGGGAUAACUGUCCUGGGAAUAUGACUGGUGGAACUGGGAUAAAUGUCCUGGGAAUAUGACUGAUGUAACUGGGGAUAACUGUCCUGGGAAUAUGACUGGUGUAACUGGGAUAACUGUCCUGGGAAUAUGACUGGUGUAACUGGGAUAACUGUCCUGUGAAUAUGACUGGUGGAACUGGGGAUAACUGUCCUGGGAAUAUGACUGAUGUAACUGGGGAUAACUGUCCUGGGAAUAUGACUGGUGGAACUGGGGAUAACUGUCCUGGGAAUAUGACUGGUGGAACUGGGGAUAACUGUCCUGGGAAUAUGACUGGUGUAACUGGGGAUAACUGUCCUGGGAAUAUGACUGGUGUAACUGGGGAUAACUGUCCUGGGAAUAUGACUGGUGGAACUGGGGAUAACUGUCCUGGGAAUAUGACUGGUGUAACUGGGGAUAACUGUCCUGGGAAUAUGACUGGUGUAACUGGGGAUAACUGUCCUGGGAAUAUGACUGGUGUAACUGGGAUAACUGUCCUGUGAAUAUGACUGAUGUAACUGGGGAUAACUGUCCUGGGAAUAUGACUGGUGUAACUGGGAUAACUGUCCUGGGAAUAUGACUGGUGUAACUGGGGAUAACUGUCCUGGGAAUAUGACUGGUGUAACUGGGAUAACUGUCCUGGGAAUAUGACUGGUGUAACUGGGGAUAACUGUCCUGGGAAUAUGACUGGUGGAACUGGGGAUAACUGUCCUGGGAAUAUGACUGGUGGAACUGGGGAUAACUGUCCUGGGAAUAUGACUGGUGGAACUGGGGAUAACUGUCCUGGGAAUAUGACUGGUGUAACUGGGGAUAACUGUCCUGGGAAUAUGACUGGUGUAACUGGGGAUAACUGUCCUGGGAAUAUGACUGGUGUAACUGGGGAUAACUGUCCUGGGAAUAUGACUGGUGUAACUGGGGAUAACUGUCCUGGGAAUAUGACUGGUGGAACUGGGGAUAACUGUCCUGGGAAUAUGACUGGUGGAACUGGGGAUAACAUGAGUAAAGGGGGAUAGAACAUAUGGAUAGUGAAGCACUGAAAGGAGAAGCUCGGUGUAUGGGGAAUACGCCCUUAGACACUGAUCUAGGGUCAGUUUAGCAUUUUCCUUGCUAAUGGUUAAUGUUAGAUUUGGUGGAGGGGAAGCUGAUCUUAGAUCUGGAGCGAGAAGCUCAGGACAUCACACACACACACACAGAGAGACAUAUCAUUUCUACUACUACAGUAUCUUUCAAUGUUCUGUCUACAUCUGGAUCUAACCAAUCCAAACACUGGAGUAGUUACACACUGGAGCGCAGAUAGAACUAGAAAACAUAGAGGGAGAAGUAGAGGGAGCGCAUAGAGAGCAUUUAAAUAGAACAGUUCUAGUUGUCCUAUAUCUAUUACAGAGAAAAGCAGGUAUAGAACUGGAAAACAGAGUGAAAACAUAGGAGUGUUUUGUUGAAGAGAUGUUGAACAGGUCUAGCUCUUCUCUCUUUGAUAGAGAGAAGCAGAAAUAGAACUGUAAAACCUAGAUUGAAGGACAGCAUUUUUGCACUGGGAGAGCAGAGAAAGGAACAUAUGCCAAACGUCACCAUAGUCACCAUACCAGGAGGCCAUAGACUACUCAGAUGACAGACACUCAACACUCAACAUCCAACACUGACUCUUAUACCUUAGAUGUUUCAACUUUUUCAACAUAGCCUGGAAUGUGUGGCGGAAAUAUUUCAAGGGAAUUGUUGCUCAGUAGGUCUUCAACGAAGCCUGGGGCGUUGUGUGUUUCAGCUGUAGGGACGUCUGUUGUCUUUGUCUUGCCAAACACAGAAGCAACAAUGUAGCGUUGUUGACCGACUCAACAUUCAAA